AUGGUUCAUCGUCUGCUGCUUCCGCUGCCUUCUGCCUUUUCGCCACCGGGCAGUGACGUGGAGACGUACAGCAUUUUCACCUACGGUGCUCACGGCGCCGCGGAGCAGCAUCCGCAGCUAAAGGCGUAUAUUGACAAGCUUGCAGCCUUCCUCCGUAAGACGCGUCUUAUUCAGUACCACCCGGAGGACUUUUUCCGCAUAUUUCUCUUUCAUGAAGGGCAAGAUGCCGCUAAUAAUGCGGAGGGGCUGGCGCACUUGGACGGCAGCGCCGUGCAGGAGGAGGAGGUGACGUACAUGCGGGGCCUAUGCGAGGCCUUCUCCACUCUGGCGUCGGACGAUAACACUCUGGUGGGUGAGUUGCAUUCCAUUAUUCGUGAUGGCCCGCCAGUAGGCGCUGCGGCGGAGCUGCACGCAUUCUUUUUGGAAACGAGGACAUUGCAGAUGAAUCGGCAGCGGCGCCCGCAAAAUGAUGCGGCAAAUCUGACGCUCCGGACCACCCAAGACGUGUCUGCUGUUGCAGCAGCAUCUUUGGCAUCAUCUCCACCGGAUGCGAGACACAUAGAUGCUGAUGCACGGGAACAGCAUCGUCGAGCUCGGGUGAUGGAGGCCGUGCUUGGGCACGGUAUGGGGACAAAAAAGCAGCAUGAAGUGAGUGUUAUGCGGGACACGAUUGUGGACCUUGUCAACUGCUGUAAUUCCGCCCAGAGAGACACUGGGUUACCGCCGGAGGAGCUAGUGGAAACCGUUUUAAAUGUUGGCGAAGGCAAAGGUUACGUUUCACGGGCACUCGCCUUGUGUGAUGGGCUGCAGGUGGUUGGGCUCGACUGCAACUCCUCACACAAGGCCCGGGCGGUGGAGCGGGUGCAGUUUCUGCUACAGGGACGUCUUUCCGUGGACGCGGCGCAGGGGGUAUCUGAAGGUCGCGACAUGCUUAACUUGAUUUAUGAGCCGCGUGGUCAUAUGGCCACUGUUGCGUGUCGGGUUGGGCCAUACAUGAACUGGGCGGAGGUGCUUCGGGGCCACGUUCGCCUCUCUGACGGGGCGCCUUCGGAAAGUUUUCUGGGUUCUGUGGGCCUGACUGCAGUUGAGCAGACGGAACUCGAAGAAACGGAGGCAUAUAGAACCUCAAGGCUAGUCGACGACAGCACGAAGCUUCAGUGUCGCAUCUGCUCUUAUAUCGUACGACGGGGGAACAUCAUGGCCAUCAUGCGACACGCACGACAUCAUCUCCAGACUGACGACGCGACGAGGCUGGCGGAGCUGCCAUCGAUGAACACAUUGGAUGAGUGGAACCAAAAACUGUCGGGGCAAGCAUUCAACAAGAAGGUCAUCACCACCUUCUUUACUGACGAGGUGACGUAUACUUCCAAGGCGGCUGCGGAAAACACGACAUCUGCGAAGCGAAGUCGCGUGGCAUCAGAAGGGGGCUGCAUGGGUGGCGUAGCAGCAGCACGGGACAUGUUGCGUGAUAUUUUGGACACAUAUGCGUGUUUAACGAACUUGCAGCUGCCGCGUGGCACACGUGCGGAAGUACUUUUACCCGUAAAGCAACAAAAGCAGCUGCCGCCGCCAGCAUCCCCACAACGGCAAUCGCAGGGAGAAGAACGAUUGGUGGAGGGGGCAGAGGGACCCGGUGCAUCAGACAAUGCCGUGUACCGGUAUGAGCAGACGUCUCUCACCGUCGUUGGGUAUGAUUACGCCCACAACCGUCACUUUGUCAUCAUGGACGAUGGGAGACAAAAGCAAUCUGUGACGUUGUUGCAGUGUUGUCAUGGCUCAUCUCAGGCAGAUGAGGCCUUCGUUGAGACUCUCCAUCUUCCGCCUGCAGCAGAUGUGUGGGAUAUGAGGCUGGCCGUCGUGCGCCGCGUGGUGCCUCCGCUUCCCCCACGCAUGCCGGUUGUCUACGUCCCUGACCUUCGCAACGUUGUCAUGAUUGGGCUUCACCCGUGUGGCGACCUGGGGUCCAACGUGUGCCGUCUUUUCGCAGAGAGUGCGUCGCGCGGGCUGCUGCUUGUGAGCUGCUGCUGGCAUGCACUGACGAAUGAUGGGUUUCCGCUCAGCCGUGAGCUGCAAGAACGCGGGUGGCAAACGGAGCACUUAUCCCUUCUCCUCGCCACCCAGCCGUUUGAUAUGUGGUCCACCGUCUCCGCCAGCGGGCACCGCGCAUCCGCCUGCGUGCUUUUUUACCGUAGUCUCCUGAAGCUAUUUUGGAACCGCCUGCGGGAACGCUGGCGCCGUGCCACGGCCGCGUCGAUGGCGGGGCCACCGUGCUGCCCAUUCGUUGAGGUGCCUCACUUGGAGCCGGCGUUUCUGCGCCGAAUUGCCAAAAUAAAAAGCACCAUAACGAUGGAGGUGCUCUACGUGGAGGUGUGCCGCGAGUAUUUUCCAACUGAAGCCGCAACGCCGAAACAAACGCAAGGCGUAUGGCACCAGCACAUCUGUUCUUCCUGCCGCGAGGCACAGAGUAAUUUUUUGGUCUCCGACACGAACGUGGCGUUGGCGACCGAAAUUGGACGGGAGUUUUUUGCUGCCUACUUUGUCCCUUUUCUCGGCAUGACGGUACUUCGGAUGUGGAUGUGUCAUCUCGUUGAGGCGCUGCUGUUGUUGGAUCGCGCCCUGUUUCUUUCCGAGGCGCUGCAACGGGAUUCACGCUGCCGUGGGUCUGUUGUAUCACUUGUGCCGCUCUUCGACGGCGCCAUCUCGCCGCGGAUGUUCGGCGUAUUGGCCCGCCGCAUCCCAUGCGGUGUGCCGGCCAAUUGA